GGCAAGUUGAAUGUUGAUAUCUUAGUGGAGCUGUGUCAAUUACACCAAAGUACUUCGGCUCAACUUCUCACUUGCAUUCAAUACAAUGAUACCAUCCAAGAUAUAAUCAACUCAGCGUCUGGACUAAGCAACUUUUGCAAGAUCAUCUGAUGUGCAGACAAGUCACAAGAUCAUUUCCAUGGCAACAAAUAAAUGCAAUCAGUUACUUGGUGAAGAGAAAUUCCUGCCUAAACCAUUUUUAGAAUUGUUAGUACAGAUGAAUUCUCAUUGUACUGUUCUCCUAUAUCAACUUACUGAAGAUGCUUUGGCCCUCUGUCCAAAGUUAAAGGAAGCAUUUGAUCAUUGUAGAGAAAUAUUCCCUGAUGAUGUACCUAGACCUGAAACUAGAGCUGCACAAAACAAAGAGGAAUUAACAAAGAAAAAGUCAAAGAAACUUCUUGUAGCAACAGAGGAAAUAUUUAGCCAUGGGACUCAAGUCAAAGACAUUAAUCGUCAAGAAAACAUGGUCAUCAACGUUGAAGAAGUAAUUGAAUCCAGUAACAGGCCAAAGGUCAUGGCAAUAGAGGGUACUCUUAUGCAGUACUUAAUUGAUACCAAAUUGGAUGAGGUGUGGAAUUUGUUUUUGAAUGGUCUUCUGUUUAGCGAUCAUCUACCCCCAAAUCCUUACCCGAAGCUGGUCACACUAUUCAGACAGGCUGCAUUAAGAAUGAGGUUCAAUGUAGAAAGUGAUGAGAAAGUGAUAAAACGUUUCCUAAACCAGAAUGCCAAAGUUCACAAUCAGAAAAACUUCAUAUACACAGUUGCAGGUAGCAAUAUGUUUGGCCAUGUUAGCGCCUUCAGUGUACUGGAUACAACAACGUUGAACAAAGCUCGGCUUGUUGCUCAAAUGUUUGCACGGCAGGAAUAUAUACAACGCAGGGGACAGCUUCAGAUUUCCUUGAGUCUGGCUAUGACUAAGACGAGUUCUUUCUAUGGAUUGAUGAUGCCGUAUUUGAACAUCCUGUACUUGAGUGAGUUCUGUUACAUUCGAGGCCCGAUGGGCAGUAAUCGUGAAAGCAUUCUGUUGUACACCAAGAUGAUUCUAGACGAUGUACAACAUAUUAGUGGUAAGCAGAACGUUAUAGUGACCGGAUUACAUGUGAAUCAGUCAGAGUUCACAUUGGAAGACAUUGUAAAGAAUCCUGACUUCUUUCAUACAAAGUUAUCAAGUGCCAUUGAGAACAAAGAAGUUAUCUUUUUACAGAUUUACAAGGCUUUGGGUUGGAGGAUCAUGUCAAUCCAAAAACAAUAUUGCUUAUUUUACAUCUACGUUGAGGGUACCAUUGACAGGCAGGAGGUAUAUUUCCCUCAGAUGCCACACUCCUUGUAUUGCAAUAUAUUUCUCAGUCCAAGUGAGGCAUGCAACCAUUAUGCACAACUUUCAUCUGGAUCAAAUCCUUUUAAACCAUCUAAAAUUCAAGCAGUUAGCACCUCACUGAAGCAGCAGAUUCUCCAAAGCUUGACAGGCAACAACUUAUUGGAAGCUUAUCAAUUGAUGUUAAUCAAAUCUGUAAUAGAGAAGAAAACUGACUGCCUAGCAGAUAUCUGGCACAUGUUCCAUUGCCAAGGUCCAGCUUUGGAGUACCUCAGACACUUGAAUAUUGCCAUGCAAGAGCUAGUGAAACACGCCCUCAAAGUGAUACAGGCUAGGGGUGCCAGAACUGCAGACGUCAUCAACAAAGAUGAGCAUGGGUUUGAUGGCAAGUCUUUGGGGAAGAUGAUGAAAGCUUACCAGCAGAAACUAGAGAGUGUUCUGGACAACAGCUGCAC